AUGGAGAACGAAACCGAAUACUAUCAGAGUUACCCUGGAAUAUACUUUAUGUCACGAAAAGGUAAAGGGAAAAAGAAGAAGAAAGGCAAAUCAGGGAAAAAGACGAAAGACAACAACGGAGAUAAUAAAAGUGAAUCAGAGACUUUGGAAUCUGUAGAAGACCCAAUCAUGACUGAUGAAAAUGGCAGCGGGCCGGAUGAAACAGAAGAUGAUUCUAACAAAUCCGUGAUAUACCGUGCAAAUGUCGAUGAAUCAGCUGAUCUCAAUGAAAACCGAAUAUCCACUGACGCCAUGAUGUCUGUGCCGCCGGAAUACGAAACGGCACCUGAAAAAGUAAAAUUCAUAAAUAAUGAAGAUGUAGAAAUACUAGAAAGUAAUGUAGACAAAUUAAAAAUUGAAGAAGAAUCUAUUUUUGAGAAUGAAGAAAAGAAAUAUACGCGGAUCAACACAAGAGCUUUACCGAAAGAAGCUACAACGUAUGAAUUAGAGACUUUUAAUAAACAUGCAAUGAUUAUUUUUAAUCAGAAGGAAAUUGAUGGACAUCUACCUCGGCUUGGGACUGAAAAAGAUGUUGAGGCUUUGACUAGAACCUUUUCCAAUUAUGGUUUUGAAGUGACACCACACAACAAUUUGACCAAAGAUGAAUUAUUUAAGGAAUUGAAAACAUUUAGCGAGAGAGAUUUCACUGACUAUGGCUGUGUGGCGGUGGCCAUUUUGACACACGGCUCUAACAACGGUCUACUAAGGGCAAAAGACCAGCAGUACAGCGAGAUCGAAGUCAUCAACCACUUCAAAGACUCCUCCAAGCCCACGCUAGUGACUAAACCUAAGAUUAUUAUCAUACAGGCAUGCCGUGGUACGAAGAUCACGCAAGGUCUACCAGUGUUCCACGCUGGCAAGAUCCGCAAAGACUUCGAUGAAGAGGAUCUGGAGCCUUACAUCCUGCCUGUCGAGUCUGAUCUCCUGAUCCUGCAUAGUUCUUAUGUUGGCCGGGCUUCACACAGAAAUGAACUCUACGGCUCCUGGUUCAUCCAGACAUUAUGCAAGAAGAUAGACGGCCUCUCCCCAACGCAGGACCUUGAAUCCAUUCUCACUGAGGUCAAGAGGGAGGUGGCAAUCGACAAACAACAUGAGGAGUACAACAAAAGGACAUUUGAAAUGAACGUGAACAAGCAGAUGCCAGUUUUGACAUCCACUUUGAUCAGAAAGCUGUUCCUGAAGAAGUUUGGGGAGAAAGGAAGAAAGGAGACGUAUGUGGACCAGUCGAGAAGGCCCAGCGAGUCACAGCAUGAAGUCCUGGAUGCUGUCAAUACUGUGGCAGUGCCCGUCACACCUUUGCUGGUUCAAUUCGGACCUUGUUCUUGUUUUCUGGACCAUUUCGUUUAUAUGAGGGAUUGUUUGAGGUACUUCGUCGAAGAAAAUCCAUGCGACGAGACUGCUCAAAACUUUUUGGACAUUGCGAACACCUUCGAGGAUGGCGUAGAAUUCAACACUCCAAAGGACAAAAUGUGUAAAGCUAUAAGCAAGCAUUUAAUGAACAAUGCCCGAUCUAGCAAGUAUUAUAAAUUCCUAUAUUUCUAUCAUUCCCAACAGAACUCUCAAGUACAAACUACACCGCCACAGCCGUACCAGUAA